ACUCUGGAGGCCUAGGACCAUGGACACACGCAGCAGAAGCCAGGGAAGCCCCGGAUGCAAGCCCCAGGCUGUGGUGCAGAAAGGACCCUUGGAUCUGAUUGAGACAGGCAAAGGGCUGAAAGUGCAGACCGACAAGCCCCAUCUGGUGAGCUUGGGCAGUGGAAGACUCAGCACCGCCAUCACUCUCCUGCCGCUGGAGGAAGGGCGGACAGUGAUUGGCUCUGCAGCCCGGGAUAUCUCCCUGCAGGGCCCAGGCUUGGCUCCAGAGCACUGUUACAUCGAGAACGUGCGGGGGACCCUCACCCUCUACCCUUGUGGCAAUGUGUGCACGAUUGAUGGGCUUCCUGUCCGGCAGCCUACCCGGCUCACUCAGGGCUGCAUGUUAUGCCUGGGUCAGUCCACUUUCCUCCGCUUCAACCACCCCGCUGAAGCCAAGUGGAUGAAGAGCAUGAUUCCAGCAGGGGGUCGGGCCCCUGGGCCCCCCUACAGCCCUGGCUCUGCAGAAUCAGAAAGCCUGGUGAAUGGCAACCACGCCCCACAGCCUGCCACCCGGAGGCCCUCAGCCUGCGCCAGCCACAGCUCUCUGGUGAGCUCUAUUGAGAAGGAUCUGCAGGAAAUCAUGGAUUCCCUGGUGCUAGAGGAGCCAGUAGCAGCUGGCAAGAAGCCUGCAGCAACCUCUCCAUUGUCACCCAUGGCUAACGGUGGGCACUACCUGCUGUCGCCCCCAACCAGCCCGGGAGCCAUGUCUGUAGGCUCCAGCUAUGAGAACACCUCUCCGGCCUUCUCUCCCCUCUCCUCACCAGCCAGCAGUGGGAGCUGUGCCAGCCACUCCCCCAGUGGGCAGGAGCCAGGGCCCUCCGUGCCCCCGCUCGCGCCUGCCCGCUCCUCCAGCUACCAUUUGGCCCUGCAGCCCCCACAGUCUCGCCCGAGUGGUGCCCGCUCCUCUGACAGCCCCCGUCUGGGCAGGAAAGGGGGUCACGAACGGCCUCCUAGCCCUGGUCUCCGGGGUCUGCUGACUGACAGUCCUGCGGCCACAGUGCUGGCAGAGGCCCGAAGAGCCACCGAGAGCCCCCGGCUGGGUGGGCAGCUGCCCGUGGUAGCGAUCAGCCUGAGUGAAUACCCGGCUUCUGGUGCCCGCAGCCAACCCCCCAGCAUUCCCGGCAGCCCCAAGUUCCAGUCUCCAGUCCCUGCUCCUCGUAGCAAGCUUGGCACACUCCAGGACCGUCCUCCCAGCCCCUUCCGGGAGCCUCCCCCCAGCAGCACCGAGCGGGGGCUGACCACCAGCCCCUCUCGCCAGCUGGUGGGCCGGACAUUUUCCGAUGGGUCAGCCACCCGCACGCUGCAGCCCCCCGAGAGCCCCCGCCUGGGCCGGCGGGGUCUGGACAGCAUGCGAGAGCUUCCCCCAUUGAGCCCCUCUUUGUCUCGCCGUGCUCUGUCCCCACUCCCUGCCCGGACCACCCCAGAUGCCACCAAGCUAAGCAGGGACAUGGCCGAGAGUCCACGGCCCCGGCGCUGGGCAGCCCACGGGGCUUCGCCCGAGGACUUCUCCCUGACUCUGGGGGCACGGGGUCGCAGGACACGGAGCCCCUCGCCCACACUGGGGGAGUCCCUGGCACCCCUCAAGGGCAGCUUCAGUGGCAGGCUGAGCCCAGCUUACAGCCUGGGCUCUCUUCCUGGAGCUUCGCCUCGGCAGAGCCCCCGUGCCCAGAGGAAGCUCUCCAGCGGGGACUUGCGGGUGCCUGUCACUCGGGAGCGGAAAAAUAGCAUCACCGAGAUCAGCGACAACGAGGACGACCUCCUGGAGUACCACCGGCGCCAGCGCCAAGAGCGGCUCCGGGAGCAGGAGAUGGAGAGGCUGGAACGCCAGCGCCUGGAGACCAUCCUGAACCUGUGUGCUGAGUACAGCCGGGCUGACGGGGGUCCUGAGGCCGGGGAGCUGCCCAGCAUCGGCGAGGCUACUGCGGCAUUGGCACUGGCAGGCCGGAGGCCCUCACGAGGCCUGGCAGGGGCCAUUGUAGCCUCUGGGAGGAGUAGCGAGGAGCCUGGAGGUGCUGCCCAGCGCCUGUGGGAGAGUGUGGAGCGCUCAGAUGAGGAAAAUCUCAAGGAGGAGUGCAGCAGCACAGAGAGCACCCAGCAGGAGCAUGAAGAUGCACCGAGCACGAAGCUCCAAGGCGAGGUGCUGGCCCUGGAAGAAGAGCGGGCGCAGGUGCUGGGGCGCGUGGAGCAGCUCAAGGUACGAGUGAAGGAGCUGGAACAGCAGCUGCAGGAGGCAGCGAGAGAGGCAGAAAUGGAGCGGGCUCUGCUGCAAGGGGAGAGGGAGGCCGAGCGGACGUUGCUACAGAAGGAGCAGAAGGCCGUGGAGCAGUUGCAGGAGAAGCUGGUGGCUUUGGAGACGGGCAUCCAGAAGGAGAGGGACAAGGAGAGGGCGGAGCUGGCCGCGGGACGCCGGCGCCUGGAGGCCCGCCAGGCGCUCUACGCCGAGCUCCAGACGCAGCUCGAUAACUGCCCCGAGUCAGUGCGGGAACAGUUACUGGAGCAGCUGAGAAGGCCCACGUCUGUGCCUCUCUCUCCUCUGAUCCCCUCUGUGUCUCUCUCCUGCACCCUCUGCCUGGGGUCCCCCACGCCAGUCGAGUUGCUUCCUGCCGAGCCCCUCCCAUCCGACGACCCAGCAGGGCAGCAGGUGAUCGAGGAGCAGCGCCGCCGGCUGGCUGAGCUGAAGCAGAAGGCGGCGGCAGAGGCGCAGUGCCAGUGGGAAGCCCUGCACGGGGCGGCGCCCUUCCCCGCAGGCCCCUCGGCCUUCCCCCCCAUCAUGCACCACUCCAUCCUGCACCACCUGCCUGCCGGGCGGGAGUGUGGCGAGGAGGGUGAGCAUGCCUACGACACGCUGAGCCUGGAGAGCUCAGACAGCAUGGAGACCAGCAUCUCCACGGGGGGCAACUCCGCCUGCUCCCCCGACAUGUCCAGCACCAGUGGUCUGGAUUUGGGCAAGAUCGAAGAGAUGGAGAAGAUGCUGAGAGAGGCCCACGCGGAGAAAAGCCGUCUCAUGGAGUCCAGGGAACGGGAGAUGGAGCAGCGGCGGCAGGCCCUGGAGGAGGAGCGGCGGAGGCGCGAGCAGGUAGAGCGGAGGCUGCAGAGCGAGAGUGCCCGGAGGCAGCAGCUGGUGGAGAAGGAGGUCAAGAUGCGGGAGAAGCAGUUUUCCCAGGCUCGACCCCUGACCCGUUACCUGCCAAUCCGGAAGGAGGACUUUGACCUGAAGACGCACAUCGAGUCCUCAGGCCACGGAGUGGACACGUGCCUGCACGUGGUGCUCAGCAGCAAGGUCUGCCGUGGCUACUUGGUCAAGAUGGGUGGCAAGAUUAAGUCGUGGAAGAAGCGCUGGUUUGUGUUUGACCGGCUCAAGCGCACCCUCUCCUACUAUGUGGACAAGCAUGAGACGAAGCUGAAGGGGGUCAUCUACUUCCAGGCCAUCGAGGAAGUGUACUACGACCACCUGCGCAGUGCAGCCAAGAGCCCAAACCCAGCCCUCACCUUCUGCGUGAAGACCCACGACCGGCUCUACUACAUGGUGGCCCCCUCUGCCGAGGCCAUGCGCAUCUGGAUGGAUGUCAUCGUCACAGGGGCAGAGGGCUACACCCAGUUCAUGAACUGACCCACCGUGGGCCUUCUGCCUCCUCCCCCC